UACAGUACUCCAUCCGUCAACUUAACUGAAGGAUCGUCCUGAGCUGGACGUUAAAUAACUAUGAAUAUCCCUUGAUGCCCAGUGAAAAAUGUAACCACAGUCCAGAAAGCAAUGCCGAAUGGUUUGCAGACGAUUUCCAAGAGGUUUUCUGCUUUUCUAACCGUUAUUUAUUUUCUUGGCGCAGCAACGCUUUCUUCAGGGAAGUAUGCAUCUUUGCACGGUAGACUCUUGCGAUCGAAACGAGAUCCACCGUCUCCAUGUCAUCUUCGUUGUGCCUCAGUUGUCAGCAAGGUGAUUUCUUUGGAGGAAUGUGUUGCAAGAUGCCAGGAAAAAUUACCUUCACACAGAGACACAAUGCACAAAAAUAGGAAAAAAAGAGAUAGUUCUUCCAUCAGGCAACAGAGAAGUGCAGAGUACCAAAAUGAGUGCAUGACCUCUGCUGUACAGUCAAGAAACAAACCACUUCCUGUUAAGAUACGUUCAGUAGAAUUCAAAGAAAAGGAUAUUGAUGUUGUGUGGGAGAAAAAGAAUUCUUUCAAAACAGAUUAUAACUGGUCAGCUUAUGCAUUUAUCUACAAAGUUCGUUGUGAUAGAUGUAGUGAUGACAAAACAGCCAAGUGCAAAAUUAUUCCAAAGAACCAAACAGAUUAUUCAGUGCCACUGGCUCAAUGGGAAAAGCCUGAUUAUCUUUUUGCUGCUGUUGUGACCUUCCCGUUUUCCAAAAAAGCUUCUGUAUCUCUGGAAACAUUUUCUCCAUAUGCCCCUCCACACAAAAUUCCUAUGCCUACUGAAGCUAAAAAAGACACAGUUAAACUUGUAAGCUCUAUAGUAGGAGGAAUAGCAGCAGGAGUGGUUAUGCUUUUGCUGUUGUUUGCUCUAGUCAAGAAAAGGCCAUGCCGAGUGUUUCUCCUGAUUUUUAAAGGAAGCACCCCUCGUAUGCCUCCACCAGCGCCCCCGAGACCAGAAGAGAAAAAAGACGAAAAAGAGCUAUACUACACCUGUUAUUAUCCAGAGAGUGACGCUUUUCGAAACGAAGUGGCCUCAAUUGUGAACUACUUUCGCCAGAACGGUUAUAAUGUCAUCAUGGACGUUAUGGUGUCUACAGAAAUAACUUCCCAGGGUCCUACGCGUUGGGGAGAAAGCCAAAUUAGAAAAGCUAAGAAGGUGCUGGUUUUCUUGUCACCUGGUUUGAUAAACCUCGCUCUGGAUGGGUGUGAUGGCUUCCAGUCUCAGGACACCAACCGCGUUUGGAUUGAGCUGGAAGUACUCCGAGACCUAUACACACAUAAUCGCUCAGCUUCGAAGAUGGUUUGUAUAACCCCACCCGACAUGCCCUUGACUUCAGGACCACUUCCACUCUGGGCCAAAGUUAGCUACAAGUGGCCCGAUGAUGCUUUGGAAAUCUUAAAGCGUCUUAACGACAGACCAAAGAUAUUAGCAAUAUAGAAAAUGCCUGAAAUCUUGCAAGCUUAGAUCUGUGGCAAAAUUAUUGGAGUGUAUGACCUUUUCCGCAGCCUAAUUGCUUUUCCCCUUCCACUUUCACUUUCCUUAACCCCCCACCUCCAACACAAGAAUGAGUCCUCACUAGGUUGCCAUUAGAGGACCUUUGUUGCUGAACAAAGAAUAUUUAAAAGGUAUCUCCUGCGGCCUAAAUCCUUAAAUUCCCAGAGUUGACCAACGAGUGACUCUUCCUUACCUGCAAUACGUUAUCUUGAAACAGUGUUAUGAGAACAAACAAGCUUAUCAGUAGGGGGGUGCUAUCUUGCUGUAAAACCAAAUUCUUGUGUCGAGUUUUUAAGAAAACUUGUGUCAGGCAUUAGGGAGAAUUACUGUUUGGAUCUUGGGAGUGAAAGGGUUAAAUAGCCUAAGGAGUGACCUAUAAAAAGCCAUUGAUUUAACUAUUUUUGUAUUAUCGUCUCCUGCCUGACCUUAAAGAAUCUCUGUAAAGUUUACCUUACCGGAAGUUAAGUAGUUAGUUUAGCCGUGAGAUACUUCAGCUGGUACAGCUCGUGUGUUGCAUUUAGAAGAAAAGAAGGCAAAUCAUAUAUUCCGUGAUGGUACAAAGGAUAAGGAAACAUACUUACUGCAGCUAAUGGUUUGAUAAAAAAGAUUAAGCGUUUUAAAUUCCAGGAUUUAAAAUAUUUAUCUCUUAUUAGCUUAUUUAUAUUAUAUUUAAUGGUGGUCUCAUUUAGAUGUAGUUUAUUUUUUAUCCUCGGCUAAUAUGCAAGCCUUGAAAUAUUCUAAAUCUGGUAGAAAUCAGAGUGGAAUGGUUACCAGUGCCCCGGAAAUCAUAACCUGCGAGCAUACCCUAUCUAUCAGCACCUCGGGAAAGAGAAGUCUGCAAAGGGUCUUGUACUGAUAAUUGCUAGUGCUAGAUCCCUGCAGCGCAAGUCUGCAAGGAGUCUUGUACUGAUAAUUGUUAGUGCCAGACCCCCGGAAAACCCCUCCCAGUAGCGCACCCUGCAGCGCUGAUUAUAAGGGCUUGCUCACAGCCGGAUAUGGAAAUCACGUUAGUGGGUAUGUGAAAUGUUAAUAACGGGAUGAAAAUCAUAACACAACGUUUAGGUGAGAGGAAAAAAGGAAAACGUAAAAUUAAAGGAUAACAGCGAGCGAGUGACAUGAUUUUCAUGCUAUUGAAAAAUAACGCACAUUACCAUAGGAAAUAAUGUUUGGUACAAUUUGAAGCUUGCGUUAAGGAUGUAAAUUAGUCAGAUUAAGAAUUAUAUAUUAGUAAUAAUAAUAGAUCACAGCAUAUAUGAUUUACAAGAUAUUUGUAUUUCGGACGGGAGGCAUGAGCAAGUCGAUAUGAUUUUGUGGAAAGAAUCAGGCGUUCUUUGAUCGUUUUUUAUUUUAUUUUUGUCAUUUUUCUUUUUCUCUUUUAUUCCUCUGCGCUUAUCAUUGACAUGCGAACAGUUAGGUUUUGGUUCAUAGUUGCGAUUCCGUUUCAUUCAGCCUUCAUUCAUGAUCAAAUCAGAAUUGUAGAAGCAGAUUAACUCGCAUUUCAUUUUAAAGAUGCGUCUGAAAAUAGUCAGAUUAUGUACUGUAUGUAAAAGCGCAGACAGGAACCAUUGCUUUUUUAUCAGUAAGUUGAUAUUUCUAUCAUGUCAAUGACUAUUAAGUAACAGGACUUUUUGGAAUAAAAAUUUCAUCAACAAUGAAGCUGUA